CUCAAGGUUACAGGAGUCUGUCUAUAUUCUGUGCUUCACUGAUGUCCCCAGACCAGGAGCCCGGCACGGCUCCCAGCACAUAGUAGUCACUCAAACAGAUUGAUAUAUGGCUUGCGGUGGCCCCAAGGAGCAAAACUGGACAACCUAAUAACAUUCUCCUGGCCCUUCCCAGGCUUCACCUCUGAGAAAUGCCCAAAAACUUCUCAGGGAGGCCUGGACAUCCUGGGUGCUCAAAGGAUGGCACUCCAGCCCCUGCCUCUCCUGUCAUCAGCGUAAUGCAUCCAUAUCUACAAUAUGGCAAAUUUCAUAUUUCCUCCCACCCCUUUUCCUGCAUUAUUGAUGGGCUAUGCACUUUUAAAAAAUCAAUUAGAUCAGGGCGUGGAGCGGGAGUUAAAAAAGAAGCCUUUAAAAGUCUGCUCUUCAUGUUUUGCUGUUUUGAAUAGGAACAGAUAAAGCUUUCCCUCUGGUUUGAAUAAGUCAAGCCCAGGGCUAGGUUGGCCGUGAUUGGCCGGGACUAGGAAAAUGCGGUUAAGAUGCAAACACAAGCAAAUAUAACCAGUGCCUGUGCAGCCAUUAGUAAGCUAAAGCAGCAGAGCCUGGAGCCUCCUGCUUUGGGGUUUGGGGGUGGUGGUUCUUUAGUACUGCUGCUGCUUACUCACCAGAAAACUAAGAAGAUCGAGUGGGAGAGAAGGCAAGGUAAGGUCUGCUUGGUUUAUGGCUGCAUGAGUAGAGCAAUCCUACUGAACAAGGAAGAAACAAAAGGAGAUUGAAAUUUCCUUGGCUUUGUCUUUGAGGAUGAGGCUUUUCAAGAGUUGAACCAGGAGUUUGUGACUAGUUUUGCAAACUUCUCAGAGGCCCCUUCUUAGGGACCACUGAGCAGAAAAGAGCACAUUUGCAAAAGCUGAAAAAGAUGGAGAAGGCUGUCCCCCUAUCUCUCCUGGGAGAAAGAUGGUAUGGUGCAAGGCAGAAGUUCAAACCAGCUUCCUCUGCUUGGGGUUCCUCCAUGGGAGUAUCUGAGCGUAUUAGGGGCUGCUGGCUUUCAUGCUGGACUUUCAAAACUACACCCCACCCUAGGGGUGUCUGUAGUCCUCUCAAAUGGUGUUCAAUUAAUAAACUAGAACUUGGGGAGGAAGGAGGGAGAGAGCCCACUUUUGGGGACUUUGAUAUGACAAUUGGAAUGACAUCUUCUGGGUGUUAGAGUGUGGCGGGGAGUUACUUCAUCGAGCAUAUCCUCUCCUGCAUUUGGGGGAACCUGGUCAAGUAAGCUUCCCAGUUCCUAAUUCCCUUGCUGGGAAAUGGGUCUGCUUUUGGCCUCUGAGACUCACUAAUUUUACCAGGUCAGUACUUCCCCAUCUCCAAAAAAUGAGUUCAUUAGCCCUUGCCCCCUUCCCCUAGUUGGGUCAUGCCAUUUGCCUUCAGUGACCUAAAUCUAGGGUCUGAAAAAAACCCGAACAAAUAUUUCCUGGCAAUUCUGAGCAGCACAGGGUGGGGCAGGGCAAGUUAUCAAAUUAGAAGCUCAAACACUGGCUGCUCCACAUCACUGCUUUGCUUUAGUCCUAUUAGAGCAGUAGACAAAGGGAGCUUGUUUUUGUUUUUUGCCAAAGUACAUAUUAGAUAAUGGCGCAUGCUAUCCAAACCUGGCUUCACCCGCCAAGGCUCAAGGAAAGAAUGGUCAGACAUGCUUCUCUUCACAAGCACAAUAGGCGUCCAAGUAGCAAACAUCCAUACAGUCCUUGCCAGGUGGUUUUUUAUUCCAUGUAAACCCUACAGCUCAUCAAUCCUGUCUUUUCUCCUUUGCCUCUUGGGAGAAACUAGCGUUCAUCUGUUCUGCCUAUUAUCAUCGGAUUGCAAGCGUCCUGAGAGCAGGAGCCAGGCAUUUUAAUUUUACACAGCCCCUACUUGACCAUGCGCACGUGUAGGUGCCUAACUCAAGACACAGAGACACACCUUUAAUUACAGACGGUGCACAGCCCACACAACUGGCUCUUUAACCACUUCCUCCCUUCUCCCCAACCUCCUGCUCCGUCCAGAAGGAACUGGAGACCUCUGAGUUCUCUGAGGUGACUCUUGCAACAGAGCAUCUGCUUCAGUGGGCAGGACACAGCCAGAGCUCCAACUCUCUGGGGGUCUGCAUGUGGGAGGGAGUGAGGAGGGCAGCUGCCCACAGAGGAGACCAGGACACACCUGCCUUCCCCUGCCGGCACCUUGGACCCUCUGUCCCCCCACAACCUCGCCAUUUUCCUUUCCCUUCUGCAAGGCACAGGGAAUAUAUCAGUCUUACGACAGGAGCAGGAAGCGUUGUUUGAAUUUUAAGACAGUUUUUUAAAAAGUCUGUAAAGUAAAAGCCCAAAGAGAAGGUCAAAAAGUCGAUUGUGGAGAGUAUCUGGCAAGCAGGGAGUCUCGGGAGGGGUAGAGGCAACGAGGAUGAGGAAGGCUAUCGAGUUUGGAUGUGCCCCUGUGCCCGUCCACCCACCAUGCACCACUGAAGUUAGAAAAGUUUAGGAAGGACUGCUGCAUACCGAAGUGGCUGCAAGCACAGGUUUCAGGGUCAGAUUUGAAUUUCAUUCUAGUGUGUGAGCUAGGGCAAGUUAUUUAACCUCUCUGAACCUCUAUGUAACCUCUCUGAACUUUACUACGGUAUAUGAAGAAAAUAACUCACACUCACCUUAAGAGAAUUAAAUGAGAUAGCAUAUGCAAAGUAUAUCAACAAUGGGCUGCACAUAUUUACAACUGCUACGGAAAUAAUUGCAGCUAUUACCAGAGCUCUUAGUGAGGGAAGUGGUAGGUGGGAAGCAGAACUUCUGGGUAGGAUCCCUGUGCCUGUCAGGCUCACAAGUGAACUUGGACAAGUCAUUUCCCCUGCCAUUUGUGAGAUGGUGCGGGACGUGCCACAAGGACACGGCAUGGUCGCUAACCAGAGAUGGGAAGUGACUUAAGAGAAAGCUGGAUCAAUGCAGGCCAUCAGAGGCAUCAUCUCCUCUCUUGCUCUGUGACGUUUCAGUCCUGGGAAGACGAACACCAUGUCUCUGAGCAGCGCCUUCAGGGCUGUGGGCGACAACCCUGGGAUCAUCACCUGGAGAAUAGAGAAAAUGGAGCUGGCACUGAUGCCUCUGAGUGCCCAUGGCAACUUCUAUGAGGGGGACUGCUACGUUGUCCUCUCAACGCGGAGAGUGGGAAGUCUCCUUUCCCAGGACAUCCACUACUGGAUCGGGAAGGACUCCUCUCAGGAUGAGCAGAGCUGUGCAGCCAUCUACACCACCCAGCUGGACGACUAUUUGGGAGGCAGCCCCGUGCAGCACCGAGAGGUCCAGGGCCAUGAAUCUGACACCUUCCAUGGCUACUUCAAGCAGGGCAUCAUCUACAAGAAGGGGGGUGUGGCCACAGGGAUGAAGCAUGUGGAGACCAACACCUACGAUGUGAAACGGCUGCUACAUGUGAAGGGGAAGAGAAACAUCAAGGCCACGGAGGUAGAAAUGAGCUGGGACAGUUUUAACCGAGGUGAUGUCUUCUUGAUGGACCUUGGGAAGGUCAUCAUCCAAUGGAAUGGCCCAGAGAGCAACAGUGGGGAGCGCCUGAAGGCUAUGCUUCUGGCAAAGGAUAUUCGGGACAGGGAGCGAGGGGGCCGUGCUGAAAUAGGAGUGAUCGAGGGAGACAAGGAGGAGGACAGCCCAGAGCUGCUGAAGGUCCUUCAGGACACCCUUGGCCGACGCUCCAUUAUCAAGCCUGCAAUGCCUGAUGAGAUCAUAGAUCAGCAGCAGAAAUCAAACAUCCUGCUGUACCAUGUCUCUGACUCAGCUGGGCAGCUGGCGGUCACAGAGGUUGCCACAAGGCCUCUGGUCCAAGACUUACUGAACCAUGAUGACUGCUACAUCCUGGACCAAAGUGGAACCAAGAUCUAUGUGUGGAAAGGAAAAGGAGCCACAAAGGCUGAGAAACAGAUGGCCAUGUCUAAAGCCCUGAGCUUCAUCAAGAUGAAGGGCUACCCCAGCAGCACCAACAUAGAAACUGUAAACGAUGGUGCCGAGUCGGCCAUGUUCAAGCAGCUGUUCCAGAAGUGGUCAGUGAAGGACCGGACCGCAGGCCUGGGGAAAACGUUCAGCACUGGGAAAAUCGCUAAAGUUGUCCAGGAGAAGUUUGAUGUGACUGUACUGCACAGCAAGCCAGAGGUGGCUGCCCAGGAAAGAAUGGUUGAUGACGGCAAUGGGAAAGCUGAGGUCUGGAGAAUUGAAAACCUGGAGUUGGUCCCCGUGGAGCAUCAGUGGUAUGGCUUCUUUUAUGGGGGAGACUGCUAUCUGAUUCUCUACACAUACAAGGUGAAUGGGAAGCCACAUUAUAUCCUGUACAUCUGGCAGGGCCGCCAUGCCUCCCAGGAUGAGCUGGCAGCCUCCGCAUACCAGGCAGUGGAGGUGGAUCAGCAGUUUGAUGGGGCCCCCGUGCAGGUUCGGGUCACCAUGGGAAAGGAGCCACGCCACUUCAUGGCCAUCUUCAAAGGGAAGCUGGUUAUCUUUGAGGGUGGGACUUCCCGGAAGGGAAAUAACGAGCCUGACCCUCCGAUAAGGCUCUUCCAGAUUCAAGGAAAUGACAAAUCUAACACCAAAGCAGUGGAGGUUCCAGCCUUCGCCUCCUCCCUAAACUCCAAUGAUGUGUUUCUGCUGCGCACCCAGGCACAGCACUACCUGUGGUACGGCAAGGGGUCUAGCGGGGAUGAGCGGGCAAUGGCUAAGGAGCUGGCUGGGCUUCUCUGCGAUGGCACCGAGGACACUGUGGCUGAGGGCCAGGAGCCAGCAGAGUUCUGGGACAUACUGGGAGGGAAAGCUCCCUAUGCCAAUGACAAAAGACUACAGAAGGAAAUCCUAGAUGUCCAGCCCCGUCUCUUUGAAUGUUCCAAUAAGACUGGCCGGUUCAUUGUCACUGAGAUCACAGACUUCACCCAGGACGACCUGAACCCUGGUGAUGUGAUGCUCCUGGAUACCUGGGAUCAGGUGUUCUUGUGGAUUGGGGCUGAGGCGAAUGCCACAGAGAAGGAGAGAGCCCUCACUAUGGCCCAGGAAUACCUGCAUACCCACCCCAGUGGCCGAGAUACCGACACACCAAUCCUGAUCAUUAAACAGGGGUUUGAGCCUCCAACCUUCACAGGCUGGUUCCUGGCCUGGGACCCUCACAUUUGGAGUGCAGGAAAAUCAUAUGAACAGUUAAAAGAAGAGCUGGGAGACGCUGCUGCUAUCAUAAGAAUCACUGCUGACAUGAGGAACGUGACCCUCCCCCUGAAUUCUGAUGACAGCGAGCCCAAAUAUUACCCUGUAGAAGUUCUGUUGAGAAGUAAGAACCUGGAGCUGCCUGAGGAUGUGAACCCUGCCAAAAAGGAGAAUUACCUCUCUGAACAGGAUUUUGUUUCUGUGUUUGGCAUCACAAGAGGGCAAUUUGCUGCUCUACCUGGCUGGAAACAGCUCCAACUGAAGAAAGAAAAGGGGCUUUUCUAAGGCAGGAAAAAACACGUGCCCACUGCAAGACCACAGUAGAAGGCAGAUAGUGCCAAUAUCCCGGAAAAACUUAUCUACCAAUUUUUGCCUAACAUUCAGCUACUUAAUAUAGAUACAACAGGGUCUGCAAAUCAUAGCAUAUGCUCCAUUUUUUCUCAUCCUUGCAUUCCUUAGUUGUUUCAUACCUAAAAUGUUAACCACCCAAUUUUGGGGUUUUGUGGCCUUCUGUCUAAAAGCCUCAGUACUAACAAUGCAUGAAUCUCUAACAGUCAAAAGUAAGAUAACAAAAAUAUUAAGCAUAAAACAUUUAAUAUUGGUGCCAGGAUCUAAGUUUGUUUUAAUUUUAAGACAGGCAUUUCCAAAACCUAUUUAGCCAACAAGUCAUUGAAGUUAUUUGCAAAUACACCCCAAAGUCAAAAUCCCAAUGCCCAGAUCUGUAUGUGCCAGAGCAUCUUUAACUUUUCAAAUAAAGAUACCUGUACAAGCAAAUGGAUUUCUUUUCAGUCUCUGGGUUUGCCUGUUCU